CCGCAGUAAAAGGAAGCGUUCUUGACCAUUUUUUUUCAGCAAUGGCGAGAGAGUACGACUAUCUUUUCAAGCUCUUAAUUAUCGGAGAUAGUGGUGUUGGUAAAAGCAGUCUGCUCCUUCGUUUUGCAGACAACACGUUCACUGGGACAUAUAUUACUACAAUUGGUGUAGAUUUUAAAAUUCGUACCAUUGAUAUAAAUGGUGAAAAAAUCAAACUACAGAUUUGGGAUACUGCUGGGCAAGAGCGAUUUCGGACUAUAACUUCAACGUACUACAGAGGGACACAUGGUGUUAUUGUGGUGUAUGACGUAACCAGCGCAGAAACAUUUGUCAAUGUAAAAAGAUGGCUUCAUGAAAUUGAACAGAAUUGUGAUGAUGUUGCUAGAAUAUUAGUUGGUAAUAAGGAUGACUGUCCAGAAAAGAAAGUUGUUGUCACAGAAGACGCUACCAAUUUUGCCGAACAAAUUGGCAUAAAAAUAUUUGAAACUAGUGCCAAGGAUAACAUUAAUGUAGAAUCUGUGUUCAUUGAGAUAACAAAGAAUGUCCUUGCAAAACGAAAGGAACAAACGGAAAAGAGUAAAGAUCCUACAAUUCAGGUCAAAAAGGAAAAAAAACACAAAAAGAAGUCACGUUGCUAAGGAUAAAUAGUAAUACUGGAACAUUGGACAAUGUCCAGAAACAGCAAAGACCAAAGGCACACCAUACAAUGUACAUACCAAAAUCUUGUAUUGUUAUGUUUCAACAGUCAAGAAAAUAUUCAAGAUAAUAGCAGUGCAAUAUAUUAUCAUAUAGUACAUUGAUAAUUAGAUAAAUGUUCCUGGAAUUUUUUUUAUUAAAAGAGAGCUUUAAUUUUGGCAAAAAGUGAGACAAUUUAUAUAGGUCUUGUUUUAGUCAAGCAAGCCUUUCUUUUUUCAU